AUGGCUUGCGCCACGGCCUCCACCCUCACCGCGACCACCCUCAAGGGUGCCGUCGUGCUCCGCAAGUCGGAGCUCCUCGGGAACUCCGUCUCCGUGGCUCCCUCCAAGGCCAAGGCCGUCCGCGUCGCGCCGACCAUCUCCGCCAUGUACCAGGACUCGGCGUACAACUUCCAGAACUUCAAGUUCCAGCCGAUUAAGGAGUCGAUCGUCGCGCGCGAGAUGACGCGUCGCUACAUGACCGACAUGAUCACCUACGCUGACACCGACGUGGUCGUUGUCGGCGCGGGAUCCGCGGGUCUCUCGUGCGCGUACGAGCUGGGCAAGAACCCCAACGUCAACGUCGCCAUCAUCGAGCAGUCCGUGAGCCCCGGCGGAGGCGCGUGGCUCGGCGGGCAGCUCUUCUCCGACAUGGUCGUCCGCAAGCCCGCGCACCGCUUCCUGGAUGAGCUGGAGAUCGCGUACGACGAGGAGGACUACGUGGUGAUCAAGCACGCGGCGCUCUUCACGUCCAUCAUCAUGAGCAAGCUGCUCGCGCGGCCCAACGUGAAGCUCUUCAACGCCAGCUGCAUGGACCCUAACGUCAUGGAGGCCAAGGUCGUCGUGUCCUCGUGCGGCCACGACGGGCCCUUCGGCGUCACCGGUGUGAAGAGGCUCCAAAGCAUCGGCCUCGUCGACAAGGUCCCCGGCAUGAAGUGCCUCGACAUGAACAUCGCUGAGGGCGCUAUUGUGCGCUACACCCGCGAGGUGGUCCCCGGCAUGAUCGUCACCGGCAUGGAGGUCGCCGAGGUUGACGGCGCUCCCCGCAUGGGUCCUACCUUCGGAGCGAUGAUGGUGUCCGUGCAGAAGGCGGCUCACCUCGCCCUCAAGGCCCUCGGCCUCCCCAACGAGGUUGACGGUUCCGUGUCUGCUCUCUCUGCUCGUCCCGAGCUUGUCCUUGCUUCUUCCAAUGACACCCCUGCCUCUGCUUAA